CCUUUUAUCCUCGAAGGUGAUAAACUAAUGAUAGAUAUAAAGGAAGAAGGGGGUUAGAUAAUAUAUAUAUAUAAGUUCAAACGAAAAGAAAGUGUGUCAGCAUUUCAAAGCUAUUCAGAGAGGAGCUGCACCUAGAUCUAAAUAUAGCCGGAAUGUCAGAGAAACCAGCUAUGGCGCACAUGAUUUCCGAAAAAUACGACGCUGUUCAACACUUCCUGUUCAGCUCAGAGGCUGACUACGCGGAUCGUAUAGGCCGUAUACAUUAUCCUCUCGCCAUUAUCUCCGCCUAUCUACUCAUCGUAAAAGUAUUGGGUCCACUCAUUAUGAAACCAUUAAAGCCAUUCAAAUUAAAUGGAUUAUUAAUUGCAUUUAAUGUCACCAUUGUUUUGUGGAAUGCGUACCUCAGUUUUAGCUUUUUCAGGCAUCUGUACGAUGUCGUAAAAGAAGGGAGGUUAUGUUCAGUGAAUGCGUCGACUGACGAAUACUCCAAUAACAUGUACAGAAUUAUUUGGUCAUACUAUAUGAGCAAGUACGUCGAUCUCCUUGAUACUUGUUUCUUUGUUCUGAGGAAAAAACAACGACAAGUGUCAUUUCUUCACGUGUUUCACCAUUCAAGCAUCAUUAUUAUUGCUUGGGGUGUUAUCGGAACAAAGAGUGCAGCUCACUAUUCUUGCGUGGCUGCUGGUUUAAAUUCCUUCGUCCAUGUGUGCACCUAUUCCUAUUAUGCCCUCUCAGCAUGCGGUGACAAGAUGCAAGAUAUAAUCAAUUCGAAAAAAAAGUAUCUCACUUUCCUCCAGGUUUUGCAGUUUUGGAUUAUUUUAGCAUACAUUAUGUGGAGUAAGCUGUCAGGAUGUGAAGUGAUAAACGCCUGGAAUAUGGUCAUCAUCGUAUUUUUGUUUAUAUUAAUGCUUUUAUUUGCUGACUUUUAUUCUAAGAAUUAUAGAAAAAAGAAAGAAUAAAAUAUGUUUCUCACUAUUUCAAUGAUUUUUCUCUCACUAUUUCUAGUGAAUUACACUGAAUGUAUAAUUUUUAAAUUACCUUCUGUAUAUUAAAAAAUUGCAAACGCCA